AUGACUUCGAAGGUGGGCGCUGUUGCCACCAAGACGUACCGCGAGAAACUCGGACCAGAAGUGCUCGAAGUAUUUGAUAAAAACUUUAAAUCGUUCACGGAUGUUCAGGUAAAUAUAUUUAUUGUUUAAUUAAAAUCGAAGUGAAUCAUUUGAGCAUCUUUUUAAGUUAAGUCAUUCAUUCCUUCUUCAUUUUCUUCCCCGAGUCAGUAGUCGCACUCUGCCAUGGAAAUUUGAAGGGAUUGGCCGGCGUCAUGUCUCUCCAUUCUCUGUCAAUGUCGAUGUCGUACUCUUUUACCUUGACUUUACAACAUUUUGCCAGUAUGAUCACAAUUAAUACUGAGAUUAUUACCACAAGGAAAGCAAAAACGUAGAACGUUUCCUAAAAAAAAAUCGUUUUUUUCUAUUGUUUUACGUUUUACUUACUUCAUCGAAAAUCUCAUUGAAUGAUGGAAUAGCCUGGUUCAUCUGAUGUACUACAUCCAGCAUCAUUCUAGUCUUGCCACUUUUUCGCUUUCCUUGGUAGUAGUAUGCUCCCCAAUCUUGUUUCGGCUUAUUCAUAUUUUUAAUAAACUUAAUAAGUUUGACGCAAGGUCAAAAUUCCAGAAUAAAAUAACUUCUAUUGAGUUAGUGGUAGGGCAAAAGCAAGGGAUAUCGAUCGCAGAAUGAGGGACUUGCGAGAGACGCAGACAAAGUGAAGAGUGAGCGUGCUCGCUCAGCUGCAGCUUUCUGGACUGGCGCAGUGGAGGAGGCAGUGGAGAGUGGGGGAAAUGAACAGAUGAGGAAAUUGCGGGGUUAGCGUUUACGCUUCUGGGUUUAUGUGUUUGUUUAGAAAAAAAAAGAUUAUGUACCAACAAGACUUUCUAAAACUGGGCCCGCUGCGCGGUGAAUGAUGAUAACCAUAACUCGGGUUGAUGUUGUUUUCUUUGCAGGUUCUUGCUGGAACUCAUCUCCUCAGUUUGUGCGAUGUGGUUGUCGAAUCACCAACUGGUUCUGGAAAAACCCUCGCAUUCGUACUGCCAAUGAUGAGAAUGAUCCAAAAUGCGAAGCUCCAGCAGAAUGAGAUCGGAGCACUGAUUUUGUCGCCAUCGAGAGAGCUGUGCAGUCAGAUUGUGUCCGUCAUCAAGCCAUUCGCCGAGAGAUUGAACCUGAAUGUGGAAACAGUGACUGGCGGACAGAAAGUUGACAAGCACAUCAAGAUGUUCAAGAACAAGAAGUAUUACUCAAAUUCCUUCGACUGACCUCUAUUUUGUUUCUUUCAGUAUCAACAUCCUUGUCGCCACUCCAGGGCGUCUAUUCCAAAUCAUUCAGCAUGAGAAAACUCUGAUCGCCAGAGCAAUGAAGACUGUUCAGCUGCUUGUCAUCGACGAAGCAGAUCGUUUCAACGAAAUUCAAUUCGAAGACCAGUAGGUGACGAGAAUGGGUUCCACAGAGAAACCAUGAUUUUAGCAUGCGAGAGAUUCUCUCCUGCAUUCCAAAGCAACGUCGCACUGGCCUUUUCUCUGCUACUCAAGUUAAGGAAGAAGAUGAUCUGAUGGUGUUCGGUCUGAGAAAUGCGAAGCAAGUCAUGGUGUCCCAGGAGAGGAACUCGGCCGCUCCGUCCACUCUCAAGAACUACUUUGUGGAGUGCCCUGCCGAUGAAAAGACUAGUGUCUGCCUAGAAUUUAUCCGUCAACGGACCGAUAAGAAAUUCCUUAUCUUUUUCCCCUCCUGCAACUCGGUUAGAUACUUCCAAAAGGUAUAGAAGCCUCUCAGAUAAAACGUUAAACUCCUCUAUUCCAGAUUUUCGAAAGAUGUCUGACGAAAAGACCAUUGUUCGCGGUGCACGGAAAGUGCUCGAAUUCCCACCGUGCCACUCAAAUCAAAGCAUUCUCGGAGAGCAAGAAUGGCGUGAUGAUUUCCACCGAUGUGAUGGCCAGAGGAAUCGACAUCUCUGACAUCGACUGGGUCAUUCAGUACGAUCUUCCGAAGCACUCCAGCUGGUUCGUUCAUCGUGCUGGAAGAACUGCGAGAUGUGGAAGGGAGGGAAACGCAUUGAUCCUUAUUGCCACCGAACAGCUCGCUUAUGUCAAAUUCCUGGACACCCAUGAGAAAGUGAAGUUGGAAGAAGUGAAAGUGGCGACGAGUACAUCGAGAAAGGCCGAAGAGCUCAGACAGAAGAUGAUCAAGAUCCAGUGUUCUGACCGUUCGAUCCUCGAAGCAGGAACUCGCGCAUUCGUCAGUCACAUCGAGUCAUACGCUAAGCACGAUUGCCAUCUCAUUUGCUCUCUUGAUGGUAUUCAAAUGCUUUCCUUCAAAUUAUCAUCGCCCUUAUUUCAGAUCUGAACGUUGUGGGCCUUGCCAAUUCGUACGCUCUCCUUCGUCUCCCAAAAAUGAGAGAAUUGACACAGCGGAAAGAUCUUGAUCAGUUCGACAGAAGUGAUAUUGAGACCUCCGAGAUCAAGUAUGCCGAUCAGAAACUCGAAGCGAAUCGUGAAACGGUUAUGAAGGAUAAGCACGAGAAGAAGGUCGAGACGUUGGCGGCAAAGGAGAAGAAAAGACGAGAGAAGGAGGCGCGGAAGCUGAAGAGAAUGGGCGGAAGGAACGGAUUCCGGCAAGGAGCCACUGGAAGGCAAGCAGAGGAGAAGAGAGCUUUGAAGCGAAAGUCCGAGGAAGAGGAUGAUGCUCAGAACGACAUCAGACUCCUGAAGAAGAUCAAGCGAGGAAAGCUGAGCAAGAAGGAAAUCAAGGACGUUCUCUAA